AUGCCCUCUACGUCCCCUACAUGGCCCUGGGCUGCUAUGCCCUCUAACGCCACAUCCACAGUGUGGACCAAUGCAAGCGUGCCAGACAUGCCCCUGUUCCACCUGUUUGCCCGGCUGGAUGAGGAGCUGCACACAGCCUUCCCCAGCCUGUGGCUGGCGCUGAUGGCCGUGCAUGGCACCAUCUUCCUGGUGGGGCUGGUGCUCAAUGGACUGGCACUGUACGUCUUCUGCUGCCGCACACGGGUCAAGACACCGUCAGUCACCUACACCAUCAACCUAGUGGUGACUGACCUGCUGGUGGGCCUGUCCCUACCUACGCGUUUCGCGGUCUUCUAUGGAGCUCGCGGCUGCCAGAGCUGCGCCUUCCCCCAUGUCCUGGGCUACUUCCUCAACAUGCAUUGUUCCAUCCUCUUCCUCACCUGCAUCUGCGUGGACCGCUACCUGGCUAUCGUGCAGCCCGAGGGUUCGCGUCGCUGGCGCCAGCCAGCCUGCGCCAGGGCGGUGUGUGCCUUCGUGUGGCUGGCGGCUGGCGUGGUGACCCUGUCCGUGCUGGGCGUGACAGCCGGUGGGCGGCCGUGCUGCCGCGUCUUUGCACUGACCGUCCUGGAGUUCUUGCUACCACUGAUGGUCAUCAGUGUGUUCACGGGCCGCAUCGUUUGUGCACUGUCACGGCCUGGCCUGCUGCGCCAGGGCCGCCAGAGGCGCAUGCGGGCCAUGCAGCUGCUGCUCACCGUGCUGGUUAUCUUCCUGGUCUGCUUCACACCCUUCCAUGCCCGCCAGGUGGCUGUGGCACUGUGGCCCGGUGUGCCGCCCCACGCAAGCCUUGUGGCCUACCAUGUGGCUGUGACCCUCAGCAGCCUCAACAGCUGCAUGGACCCCAUCGUCUACUGCUUUGUCACCAGUGGCUUCCAGGCCACUGUCCGUGGCCUCUUCCACCGUGGUGGAGAAUUUGAGCCCAGCAAUGUGGACACAAUCAGCACGCACAAGAGCACCAAGGGCUCAGGCCCCCGUCACAUCCUCAGUGCCAGCCCUCGAACCCUCACCCAGCCUCUGACCAAUGGGCCUGAGCCAUAG